UGUUUACUGAUUUCAUAAAAUGGCGACGUCAAGGGGUAGUUGUCUAGUGGUCAUCAGUUCUGCUGCUGAAGGUGUAUCAGCUGCCUCUUUUAUGCAAGCUUGUUCUCUGGUAAACCAAAGCUUUGCUAUUCAGUUGGCGUCACCAGGGGGUCGGCAGGCAGAAUAUAUCAACCAAGAUGACUCAAACAGACGAUGGUUCAAUGAAUUUAGAUCUAAAUCAAGCUCAACACCUAUAGCUUUAGACACCGUAGAUGUGAACCGUUAUUCAGCCAUGCUGAUCCCAGCGUGCCCAGGUGCUAUUCAUGAUCUAGCAACAAACAGUGACCUGGGUCAGAUUGUCAGCCAUUUUAUUAAUGAAAAAAAACCCAUCUGUGCUAUUGGUCAUGGUGUGGCAGGCUUGUUCUCUGCUAGGAAAGAAGAUGGAAAAUCUUGGUGGUUAGACGAUUACUGUUUAACUGCUCCAUCAUUAUUUGAAGUAGGUCACCUACCUGAUUUUGCUUCUAUGCCAAUUAUACCUGAAGAUUUUAUUAAAGACCAUGGUGGAAAAUAUACAGCCACUGAAGCUGAUGGUGUUCAUGUUGUAGUGGACAGAUGUGUCAUAACUGGACAAAAUGUACAUUCAACAGUCAUAGCAGUACAGAAUCUGAUUUUAAUGUGUUCCCAAAACAAAUAAUAUUUAGGCAAAUGAAAGCCCCAAGUACUCCAUUGAACCCUAAGUUGCUUUGACUCUGAUCUUCAUCAUCAUCAAUGCUCAUACAGCAAAGUUGACUGGAAGAAUGGAAUUAGAGUAUUUUAUAACUAGCCUCACCCUUGACGAUAGGGAAGAAGUGUGCAAUUUAAAAUAUGUAAAUAACAACAUAAUUUGUUCAACUUAAUUAAUGUACUAGAAUUUAUAAAAUACUUAUUUUCUAAACAUCCUGAAUUUUUAGCAUAAUACAGGAAAUCAAGUAAAAUGUAUUUUCAUAACCAGUUAAGCACAUUUAGGCUAUUAUAUAUAUAUCGGUAGGUAACAAGAGGCUAUUCACAUGAUGGUAACUUCCUGUAUAUUAUUUUAGAGUAAAAUGUGUAUAUAAGAUGAAUAGAUAUAUUAUGUUGUAUUCCUUAGUUUCCAAUAAGGGAUUGUGAUUUACAAAGGUGAAUAUAUGUUCUUGUAAGUUAAGAGGAGUAGGUAUACAAAGUAAAUAAAGGGAAGUAACUACCAGGCUUUUAUGUUCCAAUAUAAUUCAUUUAAAUAUUUGAUGAAACUGUUAGCAAAUAAAAUUAUUAAUGUGUGAGACGAUGCAUUUAUAUGUAUUGCAUGUAAUAAGCUGAACCAUGUACAGAAUUUGAGAAAAUGUAAAUUGUUUACAAAUGAAUGUUUAAAAUAAACAUUAAU